AUGCGCAGCAACGUCGAAGCGCUCGAAAAGCAGGUCACCAGCAACAAGGGUGCGCUUCUGGAACGACCCACAGAGCUGCGAGGGCGCAAGGCCCUGGUGGCCGUGGAGGUGCGCCAGCUCUGGAUCAUGGGACAGCAGUGUGGCCUUUUGAUGGAAGUCAAGGACGUGAAGUUGCAGGACGCGGCUCAAGAGUGCCCUCUCUAA